UAUUCCUCACUUGCGAGAAAAAAUGCCCCCGGUAGCUUGGCACAACCACGAACACGGGCAAGGAUCGGAUGGCGAUCAUUCGUAGUCUCAGCUCACUGAGCAACGGUUGGGAAAAUUUAUCUCUAUUUCGUUAGGGGUAAUUAUUAAAUAGUAAAUUUGGAAACAUACCCAAUCGGAAUAGAUCUUAAACUUGUUGAAUACUUGGAAAGUGAAACGGUGACAUAACAGUGUUGUUUUAAGCAAAAAUUUUGCGGUUAAGUUAUAGUAACAUCCACUGUUUAAUUUCUAUGUGUGUCGAUGUGUCACGGGCGUCACGAGCUGUGAAAACAUAAUAUAAUAUAUACAUAUAUAGAGAGAAAGAGCGAUUGAGAGAGAGAAAACGGCAGCAUUUCUCAUCCCAUGUUUUUUUCAAAGCGCGUGCGUGAGCUGCGUACUCAUCUUCGUAUGCUCAAAUCACUUUUGAUGUAUCCUAGCAACCAUCCGCGACAACAGGUUGCUUCGCGAUCGAUAUUUGUUUUGAAAAGCCUGGCCGCCAGGAGACACACAUCGACCGAUCAAGCGUCUGUUCACACCCGAGAUCAAGCGGAUGCUCAAAGACUGGUUAGUCAGAAGACGAGAUAACCCAUAUCCAAACCGCGAGGAAAAAAAGCAGUUAGCCAACGAAACCGGAUUAACUUACACACAAAUUUGCAACUGGUUCGCCAACUGGCGUCGGAAACUGAAGAAUUCCGGCAAUGAUCCAAACAGAAAAACUUGGGGUAAUCUCAUCAAAAACUACAACAACAGUGCCAAGGGAAAUGUAGAACAAUUUAGUAUAUGUUCCAGUGAUAGCAUUUGGGGUGAAAAUGGCGACGACUCGCAGGAAUCUAGAUCCCCAACGCAGGGAUUUCCUAAGCAUAGCCAGUACGUACACUACACUAAUAGUAGCAAUAAUAAAAUAAACAAUAACAAUAAUAACAAACAUGGAUUCAUGAACUAUAUGGCAAUCAUGAACCGUCGAAAUAGUGAAUUGUCCGACAGUGAUAGAAAUGAAAGCUAUUCUGGCAAUAUGUUCUCUGAUCACUGCUACACACCGAAAAACUAUUGCUCAAUGCUCGGUAUUCCCGGACAGACACAUUGUAGGCAGACCACCUCCCCGAGCGCAGAUUGCUUAUCCGACUUUAACGCCAGUACAACUUCGAUCAUUACGGCUAAUUUUCCACAAGCAUAUCGAGCUGAUAACGGCACAUACUAUCUGACGCCAAGUACCACUGUAUGCCCUACAAACAAUCAAAAACCGGGUACCAAUAAGUACAAAAACAAUAUCAUGGAAAAGUACCUCCGGGACUUAGGAGAAGUGGACCCAGAUGUUAUAGCAACCAGCGAUGGUGAACAAUCAGACUGUGCAAAUCCUUUCCAGCAAUCACAGGCGAUAAUAUCAGCUCAACAAACAAGUUGUGAAUCUCGUGGACCUCCGUCGCUCUCGAAAUGGCUUGAGAGUACAGCCAAGUUUACCCCAUCGAAAAACAAUUACAUCGACUGGGAUCAACCGGGAAAACCGUGUUCGUCGAAAAAACGCUGCGAUUCAAACUACUGUCAUCAACCAUCAUCACCACAACAAACCCUGUCCGCGUCCUUCCAACAAGAGCUGGAAUCAACGCUUCCUCGUGAAGAAAUUCAUCAAAAGGAUGAAAUUGAUGCUGCAGAAGCGUUAACGAGACUAGCAAAUAACUUUAGAUUAAAAUUUUAUACUUGAUAAGUGUAAUCAUAUUCAAUGACUCAAGGUCGUCCUUGAAGCCGGUUUAACUAGUACAUCAAUCUUUAGAGUUCUCAAAAGGCAGCUCUAGUCCCCCGGGGAUGUAGUACCACACAGCUUUGCUUUUUCAUACCACCUUAUCCCGUGCCAUCGUGCCGCAACCCGAGAGUAGCAAUGCUUUCGUAUACUUUAAGCAAUAGCAUUCCCGACAAUAGAGACGCUAACUUGACAGGAAACAUAGAUAUAGAAGUAGUAGAACAAUUCAUUUGACUGAAACCAUCAGUACACUAAAGUUAGUUUAUUGUUUUUUUAAGUCUACGCAGAAAUGAAGUUCAUGUUAUUUUGGUCGUUUGUGUUAAGUUUAGCAACAUUUACAAAAAAAAAGACAGACGAGAAUAAAAGUUUAUUUUAAUACGUAACUGAUAUAGUCUAAGUUUGAUGA